AGGUCUUUGGCUUUUUUUGGUGGAGCCGGGGCGCCCUCCGGAAGCUUUUCCAACUUUCCAGAAGUUUCUCGGGACGGGCGGGAGGAGGGGACGCCAUAUAUAGAUCUGGGAAGCGGGGGAGCGGCGGAGAGUGGAAACCGCCCGCGGCUCGAGAGCGAGACUCCCGGCCGGCCCAGCCCGCACAGGUCCUCCGUGGUGCACACAACCCGCCUCCCAGCCAUGCACUCCCUCCUGCUCAUCAGCACCUUCUGCCUCCUGGCCGCGGCCCUGGCCGCCGAGGUGAAGAAACCCGCGGCCGCAGCAGCCCCUGGCACGGCCGAGAAGCUGAGCCCCAAGGCGGCCACCCUGGCUGAGCGCAGCGCUGGCCUGGCCUUCAGCCUUUACCAGGCCAUGGCCAAAGACCAGGCGGUGGAGAACAUCCUGCUGUCGCCCGUGGUGGUGGCCUCGUCGCUGGGGCUCGUGUCGCUGGGCGGCAAGGCGGCCACGGCGUCGCAGGCGAAGGCUGUGCUGAGCGCCGAGCAGCUGCGCGACGAGGAGGUGCACGCGGGCCUGGGUGAGCUGCUGCGCUCGCUGAGCAACAGCACGGCGCGCAACGUGACCUGGAAGCUGGGCAGCCGCCUCUACGGGCCCAGCUCGGUGAGCUUUGCCGACGACUUCGUGCGCAGCAGCAAGCAGCACUACAACUGCGAGCACUCCAAGAUCAACUUCCGCGACAAGCGCAGCGCGCUGCAGUCCAUCAACGAGUGGGCCGCGCAGACCACCGACGGCAAGCUGCCCGAGGUCACCAAGGACGUGGAGCGCACGGACGGCGCGCUGCUGGUCAACGCCAUGUUCUUCAAGCCACACUGGGACGAGAAAUUCCACCACAAGAUGGUGGACAACCGAGGCUUCAUGGUGACCCGUUCCUACACCGUGGGUGUCACAAUGAUGCACCGGACAGGCCUCUACAACUACUAUGACGACGAGAAGGAGAAGCUGCAAAUUGUGGAGAUGCCCCUGGCGCACAAGCUCUCCAGCCUCAUCAUCCUCAUGCCUCACCAUGUGGAGCCCCUCGAGCGCCUUGAAAAGCUGCUGACUAAAGAGCAGCUGAAGACCUGGAUGGGGAAGAUGCAGAAGAAGGCUGUCGCCAUCUCCCUGCCCAAGGGGGUGGUGGAGGUGACGCACGAUCUGCAGAAACACCUGGCUGGGCUGGGUCUGACUGAGGCCAUUGACAAGAACAAGGCAGACCUGUCGCGCAUGUCGGGCAAGAAGGACCUCUACCUGGCCAGUGUGUUCCACGCCACCGCCUUCGAGUGGGACACAGAGGGCAACCCCUUCGACCAGGACAUCUACGGGCGCGAGGAGCUGCGCAGCCCCAAGCUCUUCUAUGCUGACCACCCCUUCAUCUUCCUGGUUCGAGACACCCAGAGCGGCUCCCUGCUGUUCAUCGGGCGCCUGGUCCGACCCAAGGGUGACAAGAUGCGAGACGAGUUGUAGGGCCCCAGGGUGGGCACGGGCUGGCAGGAGGCAGCUGAAGGCUCCUGAGACACAUGGGUGCUAUGGGGGUGGGAGGAACUGAGGUUCCGACCUUGGAUGUUCCACGGGGUGGGGGUGGGGCAACAGAGCAGGCUCCCCGUGUCUGAGCAGACCUUCCCAGCUGGAAUUCACUCCGCUUGCACAUGGGGCCCCAGGUACCGGAUGCCGAGCCCAGAGCGCCCCCUCCUGUGGGGCCUGGGCGGUGGUCCUCGUGCCCUGCCCUCGGAGACCUGGGAUCAAGCCUGCCUCAGUCAGUGUUCGUAUUUAUAGCCAAGUGCUUUCCCAUCUGUGAGACCACAUCGAGCUGGGGGUCCAGCCCAGCCCUCGUGGAAGGGGAGCGCUCGCUUCCUGACACUGCCCGCACCUCAGCCCCCUCCCCAGCUCUAGCCCAGUCUUCUCCCAACUUCCCUCAACUACAAAACUUGGUGCUGCAAGCCCUGGGACAGGCACCCCCCAGCCAUGGCCCUGGCCCCGAGAGGGGGUCCGGGAGGCGCUCAUAAGGGGUUCUCUUGGGCAGACUCUGGUCAGGCAUCAUGGGGAUGAACUUUUUUUUUCCUUUUAUAGAUUUUCAAAGAUGGGGGGGAGGAAAGUGAGCCCUUGUUGCUGUUAAACCAAGAACUUAUUUGUACAAUUUUUUUUUUUUCAAUAAAAACGUUUCCAGUGAAA